AGAACGGGACAUUGCGGUGUUGCCAGAUUUAUAAAAAAUAUCAAGAUGUGGGGAAUUUUUUGAAUUUUUUUAUUUUUAUACCACAUUUUAGUAUUUUAAUAAUUUUUUUUUUGGAAUUUGUUAAUAUAAAAAGUGUUCGUUAUUGUAGAGACUAUAUUUUCGGGCAUUUUCAUACUAUUUUUUUUAUUACGAGUAAAUUUGACAACAGCGUAGAAAUAUACUUCAAUAAUGUAUAUAUUGUAUCAGUUUAUUGCUGUCAUUUUACGCGCAAGCAUAAGCGGGGUAAAUAUUGUAAAUAUUUAUACAAGGGGUUGAAAAAUAAACAUUUACUGUGAUUAUUUUAUGUGAAGACUUGCAUAAUAAAAAACCUGUUUUCUGUUAAAAGUUAAGUGGGUUCAGUGAAAAAAACAAAAAAAGUGCGAUUAAAUGUGAUAAUUUUAAAGAAAAAAAAAUGUUUGUGGAUUAUUUAUUCAUAGUAUCUAUUUUCAUAUCAAGUUUGCCAACAAUUGAAUGUACAAUACAGUGCUACAAAUGUUUAUUCACCAACCCAGUGUAUGUUUCAAAUAAAGUGGUUCCUUUAUGUAAAGACUUUGACUAUUCGGAAAAAUACGUAGUGGACUGUCCAUUUUCAACAUACUGUAUGAAGAAAAUUUUCAGUGGUGAUGUUUCAGGGAAAAUAAAUGGUACUGAGAGGGAUUGUGCGCCACAAAAGCUACAAAAUCAAAAAUACCAAAACGGGAAAUGGCAAGAGGAGAUCAAAAUAGAAGAACCAUAUACAGAGGGAUGUCAAGUUUCGGAUAGAAAGGGUCAAAUUUUGAACAAAAUCGAAUACUGCUAUUGCAAUAGUUAUUUAUGUAACCAAUCGUACAAAAAGUCGCCCUGUAUAUAUGUAAUAUCAUCUGUGAUAGCCCUAUUUUUAUAUCUAAGAUAAACCACCCCCUUAUAGGCCAAUAAAAAAUACAUAUCACUACUGCCAUUGAAUUAUCAAAGUAAGAAAUAUUUAUCAUAACAAAAUGUAAAUAAAUAUCAUACUGUGAUACCUACCUAUAAAAUAAAGAAUGUAAAAAAUUGAUUGAGUAUAUUUUCUCACCGUCAAUAUUAAAAAAAAUUGCACUUAAGUAAUUACCUUACUAGAAUUUUCCACAAGACACAAAAACACCACGUCUUCCCUUUGUAAUCUUACUGCACUGUGCAAGGGUAGUUGGGAUUUACUUUUUAACAUUUUAUACAACAGUGGACCGUCCAUGUGUUCAAAAUCUGAAGCGUUUAAAUCCUCCCAAUGGGUGGAAAUC